GGAGGCAUCAGCGCGCAGAACCUGGGCAGACCCGGCGGGGCGGGCACGGCCACGGCACGACCGGUCCCGUCCGUCGGGGCCCGGCAGCCGCCACCCGGCCAUACACGCCGGGAGGAGGGGCGGGGCUGGGCGGGGCCGGCAGGGGGCGCCGCGGCGGCGGGGCCGGGCGGUGGCGGGGGCGCGGCCCCAUAAAAGGCCCCGCUGGCGGCUGGGCCGGGCAUCGGCUGUGAGGGACGGGAGGACGCCGCGCGCAGCUCAAGAUGUCUAAAAAAAUCCAUGGAGGCUCUGUUGUGGAGAUGCAAGGAGAUGAAAUGACGCGGGUCAUCUGGGAACUGAUUAAAGAAAAGCUGAUUUUUCCUUAUGUAGAUCUGGAUUUGCACAGCUAUGAUUUGGGCAUUGAGCAUCGUGAUGCUACAAAUGAUAAAGUAACUGUGGAAGCUGCUGAAGCCAUAAAGAAAUACAAUGUUGGCAUAAAGUGUGCAACCAUCACUCCUGAUGAGAAGAGAGUGGAGGAGUUCAAUUUGAAGCAGAUGUGGAAGUCUCCCAAUGGGACAAUUAGAAACAUCCUAGGUGGCACUGUCUUCAGGGAGGCUAUUAUCUGCAAGAACAUUCCCCGGCUGGUGUCUGGAUGGGUGAAACCCAUUGUCAUUGGCCGUCACGCUUACGGGGAUCAAUACAGAGCAACUGAUUUUGUGGUACCUGGGCCUGGAAAAGUAGAGAUGAUCUACACUCCAGAAGGUGGAGGCAAACCAGUCACGUAUCUGGUCCAUAACUUUGAAAGCUGUGGUGGUGUAGCCAUGGGAAUGUACAAUCUUGACCAGUCUAUCAAGGAUUUUGCCCACAGUUCCUUCCAAAUGGCACUGUCUAAAGGCUGGCCCCUCUACAUGAGCACCAAGAACACCAUUCUGAAGAGAUAUGAUGGCCGCUUUAAAGACAUCUUCCAAGAGAUCUAUGACAGAGAAUACAAGUCCCAGUUUGAAGCCAAAAAGAUCUGGUAUGAGCACAGGCUUAUUGAUGACAUGGUUGCUCAGGCCCUGAAAUCUGAAGGAGGCUUUGUCUGGGCCUGCAAGAACUAUGAUGGGGACGUUCAGUCUGACUCUGUUGCACAAGGCUAUGGCUCUCUGGGGAUGAUGACCAGCGUGCUGAUCUGCCCUGAUGGCAAGACUGUUGAAGCAGAAGCUGCUCACGGCACGGUUACUCGUCACUACCGCAUGCACCAGAAAGGCCAGGAAACCUCCACUAACCCCAUUGCCUCCAUCUUUGCAUGGACAAGAGGACUCGCUCACAGGGCUAAGCUGGACAACAACACUAGCCUUAAGAACUUUGCAGUUGCCCUGGAAGAAGUCUGCAUUGAGACCAUUGAAUCUGGCUUCAUGACAAAGGACCUUGCUGCCUGUAUCAAAGGCCUACCUAAUGUCACACGCUCUGAUUACCUGAACACCUUUGAGUUCAUGGACAAGCUUGCUGAAAACCUGAAGGGGAAGCUGGCCUCUCUGCCUAAACUUUAAGGCACAGGUUCUACUCAAGCUCUAACAAAGCAUCUCCCAUUUACCCCAGAGUGUGAGUGGCAGUGUAUCACACUCUGUUCUGUAACAUUUCAAAUACUAGACAAAAAUGAACAUGUACAAUUUUUAAAAGGUUUUAAAGUUCAUGUUUUCUUAAACCCCUUGGGGAGCUGCUGGGCUAGGCCUUGCUUUUGCUAAGCAGCUGAAUGUGAUACUAUUCAAGCUCAGCAUGGGUCUGGAUUCCUAAUGUCAUUCACGGCAGACCUUGAGGUUUCUUUCCAUGACUUUAUUAUCUGUGUUUCUUUUCCCUCUUAGACUGAAAGCCAGUCUGUGUCACAGCUCUGGUCAAACCAGUGGUGACUUACUGUCCAACAGACCUUAGAACCGUCCUGAUCUCUCCAGUACUGUCUGCUGAGUAUAAAGUGAGCUCACAGGGCUCUGCCAGGCCUACUGCAGCCCCUCUUAAUUUACCUUUCUGUGCCAAUCAAAACAUUGUAUCCUGAUAAUUAAGGGAUUUGGUCCUAUUGCUACAGCCAGGACUGUAACAUUUGAGAAGCACUUAAACAUGCUGGAAACAAGCCCUAUAGGCUAAGAGCCUAAUAAAUCUGUGAUGCAGUGUCUAAAUGCAGGCCAUGCAUUUAGUUAUACUCCAACUGACUGGAUGUGAAGCAUAGGAAUUGUUACCUCUUCUCCCACCCCACAAUUCAUAAAGGUGCAAAACUUUUCUCCAGCUAUUACUUACCCUUCCUGUUGUGAUACAGCAAGUCCGAUUAUGACUGUGAAAAACUAUUCCAUCCAUGGUUGUGUUUGGUUCUUUGGGUUUUUUUUAAAGAAUAUUUUAGUUCAGACUAAAAUAAAAGCCAGCUAACACUCU